AUGGCGGCAGAGAUGGAUUUCUCCUCACCUGAGACCCCUGAGUCCACUGUCAUGGAGAAUGUACUACACUAUGAACUCUUCUUUGGAGCCAUUUUCCAGCUUACCUGAGUUUUAGCCAUAAUCCUACCAAUUUCAAAGUCCAAUGAUUCUUGAGUCCAGGACUCUGACAGUUUUGAGCCUCAGACUUCAGAGACAGUAAAGAAACCAAAGGCAAUUGCUCCACAAAUAAGCAAGAAACUUAAGAAGGAAUCAAGAAAAAAAUAA